AUGCGAGACGUCCCGCUCGAAGACCUCCACUUUGACGGCUGCGUCUCCACUCAGCAGCACCCCGACGGCGUGCAGCCGUGGCGCCUGCCGGUAAAAGACGUCGAGCUCUUCCAUCCAGAUCUGGUCCGGUCUGCGGGUGGUGCCUCGGGCGUGCGGAUCCGAUUCCGCUCAGACACCGGCUCGCUGCGACUGCGCGUGCGUCGCCUGCGCACGUACUGUCGAUACGACUACGACCUGUUCGUCGACGGCGCGUUCGUCGCCUCUCACGUCGAAGAUCCGGAGCAUCCCAUCGCGCUCGCUGGACUGUCCGAGGUACCUUUGCGCUUCCCCGAGGCGAUGGCGCGUGCUGGAGACGAAGGCAGCGAGCUAAUGAUCACGUUCGGGGACGCUGCUCCGGCGGCGUCGCGCGAGGAGCGCGUCUUUGAGCUGUGGCUGUCGACGGCCGGCCCGCAGGUGGUGAAUGGCUUCUGGCUGGACGAGGGGGCGUCGCUCGCGCCUGCGCCGGACCCUCGGCCGCUCUGGGUGACACACGGCUCGAGCAUCUCGCACGGCACCGGGUUCGACGCCAUCUUCUCCGGCCCCGGCUGCCCUGCCGGCUCUGCGCGCAGCCCCAGCCGCUCGUGGCCGGCGGUCGCGGCGCGCGAGGCGGGGCUCAACCUGCUCAACCUCGGCUACAGCGGCCACUUUGCGCAGGCCGCGCUCGGCUUCCUCGCCACGGUCCGCGACGGCCACCCGACCGUGCCUCUCCUCGUCCUCUCCCCCGUGCACGGCUCCGGCUGGCGCGAGGACGGCUCCUGCUCGGCUCUCAUCGUGGCGCCUGACCGGGAGGCGGUAGACCCGCGCUACCCAACACUGAGCCAGAUGCGGGCCGAGCUCGAGCGGGUGGUGGGGCUGCUCCAGCGGCGCGGCGACGACCGGAUCGCCUACGCGAGCGGCCUCGACCUCUUCGGGCCGGACGACUUUGCCGCCGGCCUGGCGCCGGACCAGCUGCACCCCUCCCCGGACGGAUACGAGCUCAUGGGGCAGCGCUUUGCGCAGCUCGCGUUCGGGCCUCGCGGGAGGCUGCUGCCGGGCCGCCUCCCGCCCGCCCCCACGGCCGUGCCCGCCAAGGCCGCCGCUGGUGCUUGGCGCACGAGCAGCUCGGGCGCGGCCGUGGCCACUGCAGCAUUGGGGCGGCGCGGCUUUCGCUGCCUCGCUGAGGCCUUGUCGCUAGCCUCGCGUCGCUCUCGCGUGCAUCGUGCAGGCGGAGGACCGCGCGCCUGA